ACACAUCAACAUGGAACCUGCUCUACAUUUAGAGAUAGUCGGUCUGAUGAACAAACAUAAUUUUCAAAUAGCCAAAAGCAUUGUGGAGGGACUGAAAAAUAAAUUCCCGGGUUCUUUUGAUGAUCCAGCCAUUCGCCCUCUGCUAGAAUGCGACUGGCAUGUGUAUUUAUCGAAUAAAAAAAGGGAGCUGAAAGGAGAGGUUUGGCAGUACACCGGCUGUCUUAUGUGCUUUGUUAACGGUCAGUUGCUCGGUGAUGAGAGGAAGCUGUCCAGCUGGGCUGAGCGAGAGUGGAGGUUUUCUUUCCAUCGACCACAAGCGCUGUUUAUUGCACUGGCUGAUGAGUAUUACACCAAAAACCUGCGCCGCACCGGGCACAUUUUUGUUUAUAUGGAUAUCGAAUGCAGUGGCGAGGCAUUUGGCAGACUGCUUUUUGAGCUGUUCUCAGACCUGUGUCCAAAGACGUGCAAUAAUUUUAAGGCCCUGUGCACUGGAGAAGCAGGCUUGUCCAAGAGUAAUCUUGAGUUAAGCUAUAAGGGUUCGAUAUUCUUCAGAGUUGUGCCACAUGGCUGGGUACAGGGUGGAGAUAUAUCACCUGGAAACAAAGGCACUGGGGGAGAAUCUAUCUAUGGCCCAACAUUUGAGGAUGAGAAUUUUGUUGUAUCUCACAACAAGCGUGGUGUCCUGGGAAUGGCUAACCAAGGUCCUCAUAGCAACGGCUCUCAGUUCUACAUUACACUACAGCCAGCCUCCUGGAUGGACCACAAAUAUGUGGCUUUUGGGAAACUCGUUGAAGGUACAGAGGUUCUAAGGAGACUAGAGGAAGUACCCACCUACAACGAGAGGCCCAAACAGGACUGCAAAAUAAUAGCAUGCGGAGUGUUUGAGCCCUGAGUGAUCAAAUAUUUGUAGAUCAAGCAAGCAAUGCAAAAGAUGUUUUUUACAUGACUAUUUUUUGUAAUGUAUGAAAUGGCUUUGUGCUUGUCUUUGUGAAGUGCACACAAAAUUGUUUGUUAAAUGGCCCACACAAUAUUUUGCACAUUCAAAAAAAAACUAAAUAUAAUGACUUAAAAUUAAAGGAAUAGUUCACCCCAAAA